AACUCAUUUAAACUGCACUGCACUCUUUCAGUAUUUCAACGACUGCGUCGAUAUUGUAUGUGUCCUAAUUCUAAUGGGAUUUUAUUGAUACUUUGUGUAUGAAAGAAUAAAUGAAACAAAAACAUGAUGGCAAUAUUUCUAUUGCUAUGUGUGACUGUGGCUAGCGGCAAUGAAAAGAGGUAUAAACCUGAGUGGAGCGACUUGGACACCCGGCCUUUGCCGGAAUGGUACGAUAAAGCUAAAAUAGGAAUAAUUUUGCAUUGGGGCGUUUAUUCUGUUCCGAGUUUUCAUUCCGAAUGGUUUUGGCACUAUUGGAAAGAUGGUAAUGAUUAUAUUAGGGGUUUCAUGCAAAAUAAUUAUCCUCCCGGUUUUACUUAUCAAGAAUUUGCUCGAAGUUUCAAAGCAGAGUUUUUCUCUCCUGACCACUUUGCUGAGCUAUUUUAUGAAUCAGGAGCCAAAUACGUAAUUUUAACAAGUAAGCACCACGAGGGCUACGCUUUGUUUCCUUCAACACGAUCAUACAGCUGGAACUCAGUAGAUGUUGGCCCGCAUCAAGACUUGGUGGGCGAACUGGCGUACAGCGUCAGAGCUAAGGGCUUAAAAUUUGGCGUCUACCACUCUUUAUAUGAAUGGUUCAAUCCAAUAUAUUUGAAGGAUAAAAGAGCAGGAUUCCUUACUCGAGAUUAUGUUGAAAACAAAAUAUGGCCCGAUGUUAUACAGCUAAUAAAUAAUUAUAAGCCGUCGGUGUUUUGGUCAGACGGAGAUGGGGAAGCUACGGACAGUUAUUGGAACUCCACUGGAUUAUUGGCCUAUUUGUACAACGACAGUCCUGUGAAGGACGAAAUCGUCGUCAAUGAUAGAUGGGGCCGCGGUACUGCUUGUAAACACGGAGAUUUUUAUAAUUGUGAUGAUAGGUAUAACCCUCUUAAAUUGAUGACACAUAAAUGGGAAAAUGCGUUUUCUAUGGACAAGAAAUCCUGGGGAUACCGGCGAGACAUGAAGCUGGAAGAUGUCAUGACUAUUCAACAAUUAAUCAAAGAAGUUGUAUCCACUGUUAGCUGUGGAGGUAAUGCUCUCGUAAACGUUGGCCCUACGAAAGAAGGAACUAUAGCGCCAAUAUUCCAAGAAAGACUGCUAGCUCUCGGAGAUUGGCUGAAAGUGAAUGGAGAAGCUAUAUUCUCCUCAUCGCCCUGGGUUGAACAAAACGACACCAAAGCUAGCGAUGUUUGGUAUACCUGUACUAAAGAUAAUUAUGAUGCUUUGAAACCAGUACGAAAACCCACCUUAAAGGAUAAUAUGAUCGCCAUUUACGCCAUAUUUUUAAAAUGGCCGCAAAACAAUGUCUUGAAAUUACACUACAUUACGCCUUAUCUUAGUGACACAUUUAAGAUUUCAAUGUUAGGCUAUGACAGAUACUUGCAGUGGAAGGUCCAAAAUGGGGAAACUGCGAUUGUACUGCCGAAUAAAGCCAUACUGACUUCUGAUUAUGCUUGGACUUUAAAAUUUAAUAUCGCUGAGGAGUUGAAUGACCAAUCAGUGCAGUCUUUUGAAUCACAGACUAGAGCGGGGACAAGAUCUGACCUCACCUCGGUACCAUCGGAAGCCAGUGCGUCUGUGGACCAAGUGAGGCAGUCCUUAGACUCCUCUGAAGAAGAUAUUCAUAUGUAGUCAUCUUUUAUAUACACCGUACGUUAUGUAUUAAUGAUAUAAGUUGCGUAGAAAAAAUAAAAACAAAUAGCUACAUAUCUAAGAUCCGAAGAAUAUAAUCAUCAGAGAUUUUUUUUUAAUUUUGGAAUAAAAAAUAUCUUUUAUUCUCUUAAA